UAGACUCCAUUGUGAACAUUUCGAGUAGCAGCAUGUAAGAAGAAGAAGAAGAUUAUUAUUGUUAAAUUGUAAAUACAAAUAUUGCUCGAAAUGAUUAUUUAUGGAGUAUAUAUAGUUAGUAAAUCCGGUGGCCUAAUCUAUAAUUUGGAUAGCAAUGUGCCGAGAAUAGAGCAAGAACGUUCGUUUACGUAUCCCAUUGAUUUAAUGCUGGACUAUGACCCGAAGAAAGUGUCGGUGGUAUUUAACAAAAAGGAUGGAAUUAAUGUUGGACAUGUGCUGACAGCUGUAAAUGGUAUGCCAGUGAACGGCAACACACUAGAAGAUGGACGUGACGUAAAAACUGUGCUGGAAAACUCCGAGAACUAUCCAGUGAAUUUAAAGUUUUGUAGGCCUAAAUUGACAACCAAUGAAAAGAUUGUACAAGCUAGUACAUUUUAUCCACUGUACGCAUUUGCAAGUCAACUAAGUCCAGAGCCUAAAAGUUCGGGCAUCGAAGUAUUGGAGGCGGACACAUUUACAUUGCAUUGCUUUCAAACGCUAACCGGAGUUAAGUUCAUCAUUAUUUCCGAAACGGGCCUUAGUGGUAUGGACAUGUUACUACGCAAAAUAUAUGAACUUUAUUCGGAUUAUGUCCUAAAAAAUCCAUUUUAUGCGCUCGAAAUGCCCAUACGUUGUGAGUUAUUUGAGAACAAGCUGAAAGUAUUACUUGAAAUGGUAGAAAAAACAGGCAUAAAUAAUCUAGAUAAAUAGGAUUUUCUCCAAGUCACUAAAUUUACCUCGGUAUGAAAAAUACACUUUUUUGUGCAGGGUGCGUGAUUUAUUUUAUUACUGUAAAGCUUAUCAAAUUAAAAAAAUGCUUAAUAUGA